AUUGUGUUAUGUCUUCUUGGCGGUGCUUUGUGACACCAUUUUGAAAGGAGAUUUAAUCUACAAAAAGAAAAUCUGUUGCUCUAAACAAGGAGCCGUUCCUGCAUUGUUUUAUGCCAGGUCGCAUGUGAAGUGACUCUUUUUCUCAACCACUCAACGGAUUGCUCAAGUUCCACCCUUUUGGGUCGGGUCAGUUAGAUUGGUACCCCAACACAAGGUUCCUAACAAAGUAAGAUGGGACGAGUCAGAUAUUAAGCCUGGUGUGCCUGGUGGAUGUCUGAGUGGGGGUGGAGGAGGUUGAUCGGCGGACCCAAUAAGGAGGGGGCGCAGAAGGAUCCUCGCUAUGGCCCGCCUACGACCUGGUGGUGCCGCCUGCUGGGGCAUGCUGCAAGCUGCCCUCACUGCCAUCCUCACCAACAGCUUUGUGACUGCGAUGACGCCCCACCGGUCGAUGACGGAGGUGGGCAUGUUUCGGACGGGCUGGAGGUACGCAACAAGGAUGAGGAGACAGGAUAACUUCACCUGUCCAGCCAAACGAAUCUGUUAUAUUGCUAAUCUAACCAGUGAAUGCCCCAUAUAUGUGUGUCGAGGCUGCAUACAAACGAUGCACCUACGGAGACCGAUGACAUCAGUACAUGUACAAGCUGGAUGCAACGUCACUGUCACGUCGGACGUGAUGAUGCUCCUGGUUCUGACCGAUGGAACUAUAUUGGGAAAUGGUACUAAUUCACAGGUGCAGGUUUAUGAGUCAUUCCAAUUAAGAAAUGCUACAACCAUUCACAAUCGGAUUGAUCCUUUGAUUCACCCGGUGGAUGUGCUGCCAAAGGAACUAGUAAUUAAAAAUCAUACAGCUCCACUGGUGACGACCUGCCAGGAAAGAGCACACGCUGUGGUUCGAACAGGAGAAAUCACUUGGACAAUGUUGUCCAACACUGGAAAUAAAGCUAGCCAGGCCGUUCAUCGCCUGGGGAACUGGAUGCCGGUCCCUAUAGGACCCCAAAAAGAGACUGCAAUCAUUUUACAACAACAGUUGAAAUGGCAAACUAGAUUGUUUAAUGACACUGCCGAUGUUUUAAUAAAUGUAACCAAAGCUAUUGAUGCAACUGUGUGUGGUUUACAGGUGAUAUAUUCCCGACUACAGGAGGAGAGGUUUGUACGGGUAAUAACUACACCUAACCCAAAUGAAUGGAGACGAUUGUUUGAUAUAUCUGAUGCUUUAUGGUUACAAAUAAAACCUGAACAGACUCGAUGUAAUAUGACCAUGUGUACAGUAAGUUGGAUACAGUGGAAUGUUACUCAAGUAAUCACCAUCUGUAAGUUUCAGGUAUUACCAUUGGUCGUACAUAAUAAGUAUAUGUUUUUGAGAACUUACGGUGAAUGGUUUAGUCCCCAAACUAAUCACACGUAUGACCUGAAGGACUGUGAAACUACUGAUCGAGGCCAAGCCUGCCUCUUAUCUAAAGGGUAUAGAGAUCCAUGCUUUACAGGAGACACGGCACUGUGUGAAUGGUAUAUAGAACCAGCUAGCGACAUGCUAUGGCAAGUGGGCCCCAACACCCUUUGCGUAGCUACUACUCACAACCAUACUCAGUUGCCUACUGUACCGUUCUCAGGUUGUUUAAAAGGUUUACACCUAUGGCAUUGGCACAAUGUAACUUACAGGUUGACUAACUUUACCACAGAAUCUCAUCUGACGGCUGUCCAGUGGAAAGUGUUACACCUACCAUGGCGAAUUUCUCUGGAGCGUUUCCAAAGUGCACUGUCUCGCUCCCGUGAUCUUAAAGAUAUUAUGUCUAGCCAUUCUCAGAAUGUUACCCGUGCCUUAGUAACAACUCUAGUUAACCGGGAACAGGUUUUGCAUGCAGCAAAGAUGGUGGAGAUGGACAGUGCUCAUCACUGGUGGGACAUUUUUUCAGGAAUGUCUGUCACCGCUAGAACAUAUGUAGCUCCACCAUUAUUGAUUCUUGUGGCUAUUUUAUGUGUGUUGACGCUAUGCAAUGUAUUAACAUGCCUUUAUAUACGCCGGAUUAAACAACGAUUGUCUAGGACCAUAUAUUACACUGCCUUAAGAUGAUGCACAUACAUAUUUUAGCAGAAGAUGGACCUUAUGGAACGAUGUGUUAUCAUGUAACUGUGGAUACAGAUACUGAUGUAGAUCAGUUCACUUAUAUGCACUGGAGUAAUCAAGAUCGAUGGGUGCACAAUGAUGUAUAUGCCACGCGAAUGGAGUUGUUAGAUUUCGUGUGUCAUUGGGUCAAUACUAUCUGCCAGGAGUAUCAACAUGCUCCUGGCCAUACUGAAGAUGAUGAUGUUAUCUGGGAAGGUGAAAGUUUUAUGAAUUAAGGCCAUUUUAGGCCAGAGGUGGAAUGAUAUGGGAAUAUCUAAUUUGUGUCCUAAAAUGACCAUCUGUAUACUAUUGGUGUUAUAUAACUGCUUGUUCCCAAGUGACCACCUGCAUGUUAUAUUAUUCUGCUUGUUUUGGGAACUGUGUA